GUAAAUCUCUUUUCUUUGGGUCAGAGAAAAUGGUGCACUAUUCGCGUAAGCCCCAGGUGUCCUCCAAGAGCGCGAAGGCCAAGAUAAGUGACCUUCGUUGCCACUUCAAGAACACCUUUGAGACUGCCAACGUCAUCAAUGGCAUGCCCCUGCGUAAGGCGCAGCAGCUCUACCGCCAAGUUUUGGCCAAGACUCGCUGCAUCCCGUUCAAACGCUACAAUGGCAAGAUUGGUCGCACAGCCCAGGCGAAGGAGUGGGGGCAGACCAAGGGCCGCUGGCCGCGCAAGUCUGUUAUUGCUAUGCUCUCGUUGCUCAAGAAUGCCGAGGCGAAUGCGAUUGAAAAGGGCUUGGACCCCAACAAGAUGAUUAUUAAGCAUGUCCAGGUCGAUCAGGCCGCUCGUAUGCGUCGCCGUACGUUCCGUGCGCAUGGCCGCAUCACACCGUACAUGUGCAGCCCGUGCCACGUGCAGCUUUUCAUGUCUGAGAAGAAGGAACGCGUGCCAGUGCCCAAGAGUGCUCCCAAGAAGUAAUAGUUCUUCUUUGGCAUCACCGUAUAAGAGAUUAAAUACCAUCAUUUCUUUUAUUUUUAUUUGAGAAAAAAAUUAUCCAUGUACAUUAUCAA